AUGGGUGCUAUGGCAUGGGGUUUCCUUGAUAACUCACCCGUCAGCGGCGAUAGCGGCUUCCUCAAAUUUCCUACUGUCUGCAUAGUGGGAUUCGUUCCCCAUCUACUCAUACUGGUUGGAAUCAUUGUCUGCUUGGGCAUCUAUGGACUAGCCGUUCUCAUUAGCGCGUUCAAUCUCCCUGCGGGACUGCCUGAACCGUCAUCUAUCUGGGAGCGAUUCACUUUAGCAAAUGACAACAUGCAGGGUUCCACUCAGAUUCGCAAUGUGCGCCUCAAUAUGCACGAAGAUUUCUAUACCUCCCUACUUCGCAUCGGAUACGCCGCCUUGACUGCUGCGAGUGAAGCAGUCUUUUUGAAUGAGGGGCGCAAUGUUGUAGCUCGCCGCAGGACCUGGUUGGAGGAAGAUAGGCUUACUGAAAUUGAGACUGCUCGUCGGAGGGCAAGGCCUAGGGCAUCGGGUAACACUUCAGCUACUCGAUGGGACAACACAGGCGGUAUCAGCUUUGAUAUUCCUCUACCACAAGCAGAAACUUGGGAAAGCGGAUACGGCAAGGAACAGAAAAUUGAAAAAUUGAAGAAUAUAUAUCGGUCUCAUUCACAAAAUAAUCUUGGGGGCGUUGGUGCAUUUCAUGGCGCAAGCAGGGUUUAUCAUGGGUAUGCAUUUUUCAGGGGUAUCUUUUAUUUGAUUUCUAGGUGGAUUACUCUAGGCCUGAACAAGAUUCUGGAACGAAUGGGCAUCACAUCUCGACCACAGUGGAUGGUUCGGCUAAUCGGAUCCAACAAGAAGCGAAAGAAGGCAAGCCUGAGGGAGCAGCAGGCUUUGUUGGACUUUUGGAUUUUGACGGAAGAUGGGGAGCUCGAACUUCCGGAGGAUGACGAGUUCGACGUUGAGAAAGAAAUGCGAAAGAGAGAGAUUAUGCAUCAAUCAACGUGGGAAGAUACAGACGAGACUCAAUUGGAUAAUAAGCUCUACAGUUGGUGGUCAGCUGGAGGAUCCUGGGGCAACCAGGACGAGAGUGGCGAUUACGCACCUUCGGAGAACAGCCUUGAUGAUAACACCAGCGUGAUCUCUAUGCAGACUAACAAUGACGAUGAAUGGGAAGAUGAUGAGGACUCCGAUGGCCGUCGGACGCCUACGCAGCGAGAGCCCUACCCUCGCACAUUUACCCGCGAAAGCACGCCGCUAAUGGAGACUCUAUUGGAUACUUCAUCACUCGCCCGUCUACUCGACCCUCGCGACCAAGAAAGCAAAAACGAAGCCCGUAUUCUCGCCGCGCAUCUCCUUGCCGAGCAAGAGGGUCGGAUUAUGACCCGCAGCCGCUUCCGACGCCAGGACGAGCGCGAACGAGCACGCGUGCUGAUGCCAGUGCGCUAUCAUGCCAGGUCCAGAGACAGCAGCAGUAACAGCAACGAGAAGUCACGUCCCACAGCUGAAGAAGAAGCCGACAUCCUUGAGAAACUCAUCCUGACUCGCCGCCAAGACGCAGCCGCACGCGUACAAGAAGGCCCCAAAGAUUCAUGGGAAACAGGUGCGGCAGGCCUCGGAGACGACGGCCCUCAAUGCCCUUCAGAUGCACAAUCUGCUGCCAAGUCAUCGCGCAGGUCGUCCGGUUCGGAUCUGGCGAGCGAUGCUAGGAAUUCCACCUUAGGGUUCGGCGCCAUAUUCGUUAUCAACCUUCCCCCGCGAACAGACCGUCGUGAUGCGCUCGCACUCAUGUCGUCCAUGACGGACUUGAAGUUGGAUUAUAUUGAAGGUGUACUCGGCAGUGAUGUCAUGGAUAGGGCUCUUCCGCCGCCGGCCAGUCAUACAAGCCAGAGAUCUGGCAAUAUCGGCAGUUGGAGGAGUCAUUUGAAUGCCAUUAGAGCAAUAGUCGAGAACAAUUUAGAUUCGGCACUCAUCCUCGAAGACGACGCGGACUGGGAUGUUCGCAUCCACGAUCAAAUGUACGACUUUGCUGAGGGGGUACGAGCUUUGACAAUGCCACUUGCGGGCACGACGAACAAUUAUGCAGACCCCUCAUACUACGACCCAUUGAAAGGCGGACAACCAGAGGAACUCGUCUUUGGCCAGCUUCCGAAAACCGUGAAACCGCAAAUAUCGCCAUACGGCGACGACUGGGACGUGCUCUGGAUCGGGCACUGCGGUACCGAAGCUCCAAAUAUCAACCUUCAGGACGAAGAGAAGGCGAAGAAGUCUCAAAGUAUUCCUCGGGGGCGGGUCGUUUAUUACAACGAUGAGACUGUCCCUCAGAAUCAUCACCUGCAUGUAAUGGAGCAGGAGCGCGACCCACGCGAGAUUUUCCCCGACCAUACCCGGACAACUCACCACGUCAUGGGCCAGAUUUGUUCUUUAGUCUAUGCCGUCUCGCAGCGCGGUGCUCGCCGAAUUCUCUACGAAAUGGGCGUGAAGAAGUUCAGUGAUCCCUACGACAUUAUGCUUCGAGACAUUUGCGAGGGUGUCAACGACAGGCCCAAGGGCGCUGUAUGUCUAUCUGUUGAACCUGGUAUUUUCAACCACCAUCGACCCGUUGGUCCAUCCGCCUACCACAGCGAUAUUUCGGAACAUCUCGCUCCUCCUGUUGAGGUUGCGUUUACCGAAAAUAUUCGAUAUAGCGCGCGUCUAGCACUGGAGAAUUAUGCUAUUGGCUCGACCGAGUUGGAAGACCAAUGGCCGGAUAAAAUUUCAUCAACAUCAUCAUAUGCAUCAUAA